AUGCCCCCAUCAAGAGCGUCCACACCUCAGUCAAUGCAGGUGACACCCUAUGACUAUCAUGACGAUUCGAAACUGAAACUACAAAAGUCCGAUAACAUACUACUUUGUCUAACGAGACAAGGUCGAAACAUAUUCAUAUCAAUAGUGGCAUUUAUAUUACUAUGUCUACUCAUAACGAGCAACGUCUUGAAGUCAUCACACUAUACUCCCAAGUUGAAUGGGCUAGAUAAUGUUUCAUUCUUUGAUUUGGCAAAUUAUGCUGGGUCGCCCAAUGGAUGGCAGUAUGAUGAAAGAGUAUUGUUUUGCGUUCCUUUGAGAGAUGCUGCUGCUCAUUUACCAAUGUUUUUCAACCAUAUGAAGAAGUUGACGUACCCGCAUAAUCUUAUAGAUUUAGCAUUUUUAGUCAGUGACUCCAAAGAUGAUACCAUGGGGGAAUUGAUGAGACACUUGAAUGAGAUUCAGCUGGACCUUAACACCGAAAUGCAUUUUGGUGAGAUUGAAAUAUUUGAAAAGGAUUUCGGGCAAAUUAUUGGCCAGAGUUUUAGUGAUAGACAUGGUUUCGCAGCUCAAGGUCCAAGAAGAAAAUUGAUGGCGCGUGCAAGAAAUUGGUUAUGGUCAGUGGCUUUAAAACCACAUCACUCUUAUGUAUAUUGGAGAGAUGCUGAUGUGGAGACUGUACCGCCUACGAUUUUGGAAGAUUUGAUGCAUCAUGAUAAAGACGUAAUUGUACCUAAUGUAUGGCGUCCAUUACCUGACUGGCUAGGAAAUCAACAGCCCUAUGAUUUGAACUCAUGGCAGGAGAGUGACGGUGGCUUACAAUUGGCGGAAACUCUAGAUGAGGAUGCUUGUAUAGUGGAAGGUUAUGUUGAAUAUCAAACGUGGAGACCUCACUUGGCAUAUUUGCGUGAUCCAUAUGGAGACCCGGAAGUAGAAAUGGACUUGGAUGGAAUUGGAGGUGUGUCCAUCUUGACCAAAGCUAAGGUUUUUCGUACUGGUUCUCAUUUCCCUGCUUUUUCAUUUGAGAAGCAUGCAGAAACAGAGGCGUUUGGUAAAUUGAGUAAACGAAUGGGAUAUACAGUGGUUGGAUUACCACAUUAUGUCAUUUGGCAUAUAUACGAGCCAAGUAGUGAUGACUUAAAACACAUGGAGUGGAUGGCAUUGGAAGAAGUACGUCAACAAGAAGAAGCCAAGAUUAAAAAAGUAUACGACAAAGUUUGGGACAAAGCAUUUGAAGAUGUUCAAAAUGAUUGGAGCAAAGAAAGGGCCAAAUUUUUGAAGAAUACUGAUAUGUCAAGGUAUCGUAAGAUCCAAGUUGAUUGGUCGGGUUCUGAUGAUUUUGACCUUGAUGUCAAAUUGAAGAAUGAUAAGAAAUUGGCUGAUUUCAAUCCGUAA